AUGCCGAAAGACAAUUUGAUAUUCAAACUGGAUAAUUUGGAGUAUCAAUAUAAUUACUUAAAUGGAACUUUAGAUCAAUUCGAACCUAGAUUAAAUGGUACAAAGAAGUUAUAUAAUUCUAUUGGUAAAAAUAAUGCUAAAAAAGUUGCAAAACUUUUGAAAGAAUUAAAGAAAGAUGAAGUUGAAAAAAAUUUGACUGACUUACGUCUUAAGAUAUUUAAUAAUAAAGUGUACAAUUGUGAAAAAAAUAUGAAGGCUGCAUUACUUAAACAAUUGAAAUUGGAAGAAACUAAACCAGAUACCAAAAGCUCUAAGAGUAAGAAUCAAAAAAAUAAAAAAAAGGAUUUAACUCCUAUAUUAAGUAUGGUGAAAGAUAGUUACGGAUACGAAGAAUUUGUAAAUUAUCUAAUUAAAUCAAAAUUGAUUAAGCUUUCCGUCAAUAAAAUCAUACCAAAUAAAUCUUUUUUGGAUAGCGAGAAUCACCAAUGGUUUCUUAAUCAUGAAUUUUGGAUCAUUUCUGAAGAUAAAUCAAAUAAACAUAACCCAAGUUACGUUUGGAAUGAAAUUAUAAUGAAAACAAAAGGAUUAGAUCAACUUGUUAGUACAUUAAUGAAUAAUAGCAAGGUGAAAGAAUCUCUAGUUUUAUUUUCUAACGGUAUGGAUGUUUUUUUAAGCAUUAACAAAGGUAAUAAACAAUCUAUAAAUAAUCAAAAAGAUAAUAAAUCGAAAAAAGAACAGGCUAAAAAUAAAACCAAUGCAGACAAUGAUUCAAGUGACAGCGAAAGUUCUGAAGGAAGUGGAGAAGAUGAAGAUGUAUUUUAUAGUUUCGUUGAUAAUAAUUCAAAUGAUGAUGAUAAUGAUGAAGAAAAUAACGAUGACGUCGAUUUUGAUAAAAUUGACGAUGUACUAAGUCAAUAUAAAAAUGCAAUUGGUGCUUCUGACGAAGAAGAUCCAUCAGAUGGUGGGUUUAGUUUGAACCCAACUAUUGAUUACAAUCAAGUCACAGAUGAGGAACCAAGUGAAGAAGAUGAUGACAUUGAAUUAAAUCCAAGAAAGAAGCAAAAGAUGGAAUUACCUGAAUUAACGACUGGUUUCUAUAGUGGUGAUAGUGAUUCUGAUUUUGAAGAAGAUGAAAUUGCCAGAGAUCAAAAGAAAAACGAAGCUCCAAAAAAGAAUAGACGUGGUCAAAGAGCUAGAAGAAAGAUAUGGGAAAAGAAGUAUGGUUCGCAAGCAAAACAUGUCCUAAGAGAUUUAGAACAGAAAAUUGAAGAAAGAGCCAAGAGACAAGCAGAAUACGAAGCAAGAGUUGCUAAACGUGAACUUAAAGCACAAGAAGAUUCAGCAUCUGGUGCAAACUUGGUGGCAGUUGGUGAAAGAAAAGCUGCUGGUCAAGAGAAGCCAUCAGUUCCAAAAGAAGAGCAUCCAUCGUGGAUUGCAAAGAAACAACAAGAAGAAAAAUUCAAGAAAGCAACAUUUUCAGGUAAAAAAAUUACUUUUGAUUGA